CUGCGGCCAACCUUCACCCACCAAGAGCAAAGAAACUCUCCACCUUCCCUCUCCAUUGUUGAAGAAAGCUCCAACAAGAAGGAAGCUCUAGGAAAAAGUUUAAGUUCCAAAAGUGCACAAAACUUGAGGAAAGGCUAGGAACUUGAUUUAGAGUAUCUUUGAGCUUCGCCGGAGUUGGUCAAAGUUUGCCGGAGUUGGUCAAAGUUAGUCAAAGUUCAACCGGGAAGCGUAGAAAGCGCUUAAGCUCACUUAAGUUUCAGGGAGGAGCUGAGCUUGCUACCAGUGCCCGUUGCUCCGGGAGAAUCCAAGGAAGGAAGACGUGAAAUGGAGCCAGUCGGAAGGAUCACUAGGAGGAACCCGACGGGCCGUGUACCGGGUGGGUCCGAGCGCGGUAGCCGGGGGUCCUCUAGGGGAUCAAGAGGAAGGGGCCGUGGAGGCCAACGACGAACCGUGAGCGAUGGCCACGUCGACACGGAAAGUGAGACCUAUUGGUCUUAUGAGGACUCAACCUACCGACCGGAAAUGGAGCCGGUUGAGACCCCUUAUGAAGGAGAUGAUGAUGAUGUGAGUGACGAGGAGGAAAAUGGCUCCUUGGCUAGGAUUGAAGCGCUGCUCCAACAAUACCAUCGGGAGCGCGAAGAAAGAAGGGAACGCCGAAUGGUGAAUCACUUUUGGGAGGCCUUGGACUUGGAAAUACGCGAUAGGGCAACUCAAUUGCCCAACAUGACUUUAAGCCAAGUGGUUGCCCAAGGGUUGAAAGGAGAGAAGCAAUGGGAGGAGAGAAAGAAGAGAGACGCCGAGGAGGCGAAGAAGAGGAAGUGGGAGCACCAUGGCCCCCAAGGUUCCAAUAAGAAGGGGAACUAUGGGGGAGGAGGAUCAUUCAAGGCACCGGCACCACCAUCUAGGGGAGGCUCAGGCACGGGUGGGCAGAACUCGGGCUCGCAAGCCCCAAUGGUGAUUAGGUGCAGGAACUGUAACCGGAACCAUGGGGGGAAAGUGUCGUGACCCUCCUCGGUGCUACCAAUGUGGAGACACGGGGCAUAUCAAGCCAAAUUGCCCUCAACUUGGUGGGAACCGAGGGGCGGGAUCAAGCGGCGCUACUACGGCGAGUAGGAAUCGAACCGGAGCACCCCAUGCUUGUACGGGGCAAGGGGGAGCGAGCACAAGCAACGCGCCAUCCGUGAAUCAAGGAAGGACUCAAGCUAGAGUCUACGCAAUGACCGAGGCCGAUGCUCGGGCCAACCCCGACUCCGUUGCAGUUUCAGGGAGGAGCUGAGCUUGCUACCAGUGCCCGUUGCUCCGGGAGAAUCCAAGGAAGGAAGACGUGGUUCAUGCUUCCUCCGUUCCUAUUUAAAAAAAACAUUUAAAUUAAUGCUCAUGGAUAUUAUAUUUUUGAAUAAUCAUUUGGGGGCUUGUAUGCCCAUGUUUGCCAAAGUGUGGCACGAACACUUGUUAUAUUACUUCCACUGUUUUAAGUGAAUAUUUUACAUUA